AUGUGUUCCCUGACCGGGAAUCGAACCCGGGCCGCGGCGAGUACAAGGCACUAUGAAAGAAUUCUAAAAAUCUGGAGAGGAUCGCGUACACAUGAUCAGAGUUCCCAAGACCAGGCAGAGUCGAAAGCUGCAUCCAGCAAGGUCUUUGCAAAAACAUCCCGGAAAAACCUGCGCUUGGUGACGCACGCCUUGUUGGUGGAGGAUGUGGGGCGGCCUGUGAGGAGCAGUAAGGAGGUGCGGGGUGCUCCUGCACUGAAUCCAGCCAGGAGGGAGCAGCAUGGCCAGGAGUGGAGACCUCUAGCUUUCAUCGUAGACAGCUCUACUGCCAAGAUAGCCAAUGUACCUAAAACCAGAAAGACUUUCUGUAAGAAGUGUGGCAAGCAUCAGCCUCACAAAGUGACCCAGUAUGAGAAGGGCAAGGAUUCCCUGAAUGCCCAAGGAAAGAGGCACUACGACAGGAAGCAGAGUGGCUGCAGUGCACAGACAAAACCAAGUUGCCUGAAGAAGGCUAACGCCACAGAGAACACUGCACUGAGGCUUGCAUGUGUGGAGCCUAACUGCAGCUUGGAGAGGAAGCUGGCCAGGAAGAGAUGCAAGCAUUUUGAACUGGGAGGAGAAAACAAGAGAAAGGGCCAAGUGAUCCAGUUCUAA